AUGUUGAUUGAAGUAGAGAAUACCGUGAAUUUGCGUCCGCUAACGCAUGUGCCGAUAGAAGAUUCGGCACCAGCACUGACACCGAACCACUUUCUGCUCGGCUCAUCCAACGGGACGAAACCGUUCACUAAUUUCGACGAUACCGUGGUGACCCUCAGGCAGAACUGGUGCACAUCGCAGAUUCUUGCAAACCAGUACUGGAAGUAUUGGGUAUCGGACUAUCUGCCAGAUAUUACCCGCCAUACCAAGUGGUUUCAGCGGGUGAAGCCGAUCGCCGUGGGCGAUAUUGUGAUCUUUGCCGAUUCCAACAUGCCUCGCAACUGUUGGCCAAAGGAGAAAGUCAUAAGCAUCAAAGUCAGUAAGGACGGCCAGGUACGGUCCGCAACCGUGAGGACAGUGUUCGUAGUGUUGUCCAUGGCUUUGGCCUUUGCUUCCUGUGUGGCAGUUGACGAUUCCUCCAAGAAGGACAAACGAGGCCUCUGGAAACUGGGAUACGGUCAGGAUUCCCAUGGAUUUGAAGACCAUCAUCACGAAGUCAAGCACCAGAUCACCACCAUCACCAAGAACGUUCCAGUUCCGUAUCCAGUUGAGAUCGAGAAGCACGUGCCAGUUGAAGUGAAUGUUCCAUACCCGGUGCAUGUUGAGAAGAAGGUUCCAGUCUACGUGGAAAAGAAAGUACCAGUCUAUGUAGAGAAAAAGGUUCCAGUCCACGUUGACCGACCAGUCCCAUACCCAGUGGAAGUCAAGGUCCCAGUUGUCCACAAGGAAUACGUCGAAGUGCCAAAACCGUACGCAGUUCAUGUUGAGAAGCCCGUUCCAGUGUACGUCCACAAGCCGGUUUACAUCGAGAAGCACGUUCCAGUGACCGUGCACAUCAAGGAGCACAAGAAGAAGCACUGGGGACUGUUCUGAGCGAUGAUUUGUUUGUGA